CACUAAUGCUAAAAAUGGGAAAAUGGCAGCUGAAGAAGAUAUUGUUAAAAUAACAUUUGCUCAUUUAGAAAAGAUUGUCAAGUCAUCUAAUUUAGGUAUGCAAGAAUCAAAAGCAAGACAAGAUAAAAGGUCAGAAUCUCAAAGACAACAAAGAUCAAAAAGACCAGAGCAACAGAUCUACCGCCCCGGUCAGCUUAGACAUACUAAAAGUGGUAAACCUGGGAGAAAAAGUGACGAAGGAAGUCGAGAAGAAGACGAAGGCCUGGCAGCUUCAAACUAUGAUGACGCUGACCAUUUUGACUCUGAAGAUCUGAAAUUAGAUGCCACAGAUGAAGAUAAAGGGCAAAAAAGCAGGGAAAGUAGCGGAGAUAUUAAUUUUGAUGAUGUAAAUCAGCGCUUGGACAACUUGUACAUUGAGUCUCCUCCCAGAGAGAUCAAACAAGAAUCUAGCGAAGCCCUGGAAAGUGAAAGCCCUGAUGAUAAAGCUAGCAGAGACAAGCGAUCAGGUGGAGGCAAUCGAAGAGGAAAACGCCCUGACAUAAGAAUAUAUGUUCCCAGGGCACGUCUCGGAGACAAAGAAAGAAGAAGUGAGGAAAAGGAUGAGAUGGUUGAUGGCACCGCCAUAAAGAGAGAUGAAAACAAGGAGGAAGGGGAUGAUCAAUCAGAAAUAGUUGUUACUAGUGUCCCAGAUAGUCUUAGAAAAGUACAGGUUAAGUCUAAAGGUGGUGCUAUGAAAGUCACUGUUAAGAAUGAACCUCAAACUGGUGCUGUGUCUGGUAAUGAGAAUUCCCACAAUCCUCCUCACAGAGACACCGGCCAAGGUCAAGGUAAAACCAGCCAGCAACAGAAACACAACACUAGGGAGUCGCCUGGCUCGGAUGUGCAAGGCAAACAACAGAGCAGAAAAGACAAUGACCAUAAAAAUAAAAACCAGCCGAGGAACUCUGAAAAGUUUAGCCGACAGUUUGAGAGCAGAACUCAUGGUCGAACCAGGCAAGAUUCUGUCAAGAGUGAAAUGGGAAACAAUGAUGCUAGAAAACCAUUUAAAAAACAACCAGAUCGUCAACCAGCAAGAACAUAUUAUAAAAAUAGAAGGUCAAGCUCCAGUGACUCUAGACCAAAAGAACAAAGAAAUAGUAAAAUGAACUCAGAUGAACAGCCAUUUUCUAGCGAAACAUUUCCACGUACUAAAGGUGUCACUGGGAAAAGCACUCAAGUCAGUGUCAGAGAAAUAAAUCAAAGCAAAAAUACUAAAGAGACUCUGAAUGGGGGAAAAGGAAAUGGCCGAGAAGGAGAGAAAUUCUACUGGGGGAUGAGACGACAGAGGACAGGAAGUAUUAGCAGUGAGGCCAGUUAUGCAAGCAAUCUCAGCAAUGGCAGCUAUUACAGCGGCAGCAGUGAUUUCACUGAAGAUGAUGAGCCGGAGCAUAUAUUGAACUGGGGGGAAGAAGUCGAAAAGGCCCAUUUAGAAGAAUUGGCUCGGCUGGUGCAUGAUGGAACCAGGAAAUUGACCAGUAGUUUGGAUGCCUAUCCUGGCAGUUUGUCUCUGGAAGGAAGUGCUGUCCUUGCUGAUCAGAGGAUGGAAACUACUGGAUUAGACCGACAGAAAUCUGUAUCGGCUGAUAAUGUUAAUCAGGGUAAAACAAAAGGAAGCGGAAGAGCAAGGCACAGACGUCACAGGCACAGAAAAAAUUCCAGUCGUCAGGGAAGCAGGGACUCUUCAAUUCACAGCAGUACUCAUGGAGAUGAUGUCUUCAGUGAAAGAGGCCACAGACGGAGAAGGAAACGACUUAACUCACAAGGCUCUCAAGGAGGUUUUCAAGUGCAGCCGAUUCCAAGGCUCGGACAGAAGCAGCACCAUCUUCAGCAUCAUGAUGAUCAACGCUCUUUAGAAUCUGAAGCCUGGGGCAAUAGGUCAGGUCUGCAAGUAACAGUUGGCGACAACAACCGACAUGUUGCCAUAAGUCCUAGCGGCAGUGGCGGAGCCAGACUGAGGCAUAUGAGUGAUGAGAAAUGGGACCCUCAUUAUGUGUCCGAAUACAAUGUGGCCGAGGGAGAAGAAGACUGGGACAGAGGUGGUGACUACGGUGAAGAUCUCAAGUGGAAUAAUUCUAGACAUCAAAGAAAGGAUAAGGAGGUGAAUUCAGGCCCAAAGAAAGAUGGCACCGGGGUAAGAAGUAGGAGGGGUAGUGGUCGUGAUGAUACGCAUAACAAGCAUACAGGGAGCCGAGAAGAGAGAAACAAGGCAGAUAACCAGGGGGAGUAUAUUGAAGACUGGGAUCAUGUCCCAGAUAGACGAGAGCCCAUCUUGGAUCAAAGAGCGGUUAACCCUGCCCAUGAUUCUAGUGUUGGAGGUAACCGAGCCAGCCAUCGUGGAGGCAGAAGUCAAGGGAGGAACAUUAAUCAGACUGGCAGGAAAGAUAGCAUUGGACACGACGGCAGGCAUCAGCCUGUGCAACGAGCAGGUUCACUUAAUCAUGAUGAUCUCACCAUAUCUCAAAAGUCCAGAGGUGGGCUAAUACAACUUCCUGUUCAGCAGGAGCCUCCUCGACCUCACAGCAACCCGAGUGCUUCAUAUCAUGCAGAACAAAUCUCUCACCACAACACCACUCCUCAGGGAUCCAACACGAGGGGCCCGUCCUAUGGCAAACGGCAACUGUUUGACCCCAAAAAUCCUUCAAAGCCUAUAGUCAUACCAGAAGUGAUUCCGCCUCCUCCAAGAUUUGAAGAAACAGACAAAGUCUCAUCGCCAGGGGCGGGUUCUAGUCCCAUGCCUUCCUCACCAGAAAAUCAACCACAUCCAUACCCUACUCCCAUGUUCUACCCUCCAGAGUUUAUGCACCCAAUGUACAGAUUUAGACCUCCGUUUCCUCCUUUUAUGGGCGGUUACCCUCAGCCCUCCAUCCCUCCACACAUUUUUUACAGGUUUCCUCGAAUGGCUCCUCCUGAUAUGGGAUUUUAUAAUAGUUGUGAAGUAGAUGCUGAAAAUUUAAUGUCGGCUGCAUCCAGAACUCAGUGCCGCUUGAUGGCUGAACAAAUCCUGAGAGACUCGGCACCUUUUGAUAGCCAGCUGGGAAAUAUUUUGUCCAGGCGGCCACUCUCUGAUGACAGUCUUAGGAUGGUGAAUCAAAUCAGGGCAGAAUUACAGAAUCGCCUGGAGCAGAUUAUCCUCAUGGACAUUGAAGUGGCCAACAAGCACAAUGUGGAGCAGACGCUGUGGAAAUCUGUUUAUUAUCAGGUGAUAGAGUCCCACAGAAAGAGGCUUGGUGAGGAGUCUCAAGAUGUGCAGUCCAAACAAAAAUUGAUGGACGUAUUGGAUGAGGGGUCGCGGUUCUUUGAGAAUCUGUUGAAAAAACUGCAGAGUGUUUAUGGCUUUGAUUUGGACUUAUUCUCUGAUGGAAACAAGCUCAUUCCAGAGAAUGUUUCCCGCAUUGUGAAGCUAGCUCUGUUAAGUGCCCAGCGAGUCAUGAUGUUCUUAGGAGACAUUGCCCGUUACAGAGAGCAGGCUUCAGACACAACUAACUAUGGCAAGGCUAGACAUUGGUAUCUCAAAGCACAACGUAUCCACCCUAGAAAUGGCAGACCCUACAACCAGUUGGCUAUUCUAGCAGUUUAUACGAGGAGAAAGCUGGAUGCUGUAUAUUACUACAUGAGAAGUCUUGCAGCCAGUAACCCCAUUCUAACAGCUAGGGAGUCUCUUAUGUCAUUGUUUGAUGAGGUCAGGAGAAAGGUGGAUGCAGCUGAGAAGAAAAGGUUUGAGGAACGAAGACACAGGAUGGCUCUACGUCGCAAACCUCAGCGGAGAGGGCCAAGAGUGGAAAUAUGGGUGUUGCCAGAUGGCACCUGCACGCAGGACAGAGUGGAAGAAGAUGAGGAGGAUGACCUUAGCUCUUUGUCAGUUUUUGAGUUAAAUAAAAGAUUUGUACUUACCUACCUCAAUGUUCAUGGCAAAUUGUUUACAAAAAUCAACUUUGAAGUGUUUGCUGAAAGCUCCAGUUUGAUGUUGCAAGAGUUCCAGAUCCUCAUUCAACAUUCUCCUUGUGUCUUUAGCUGCACCAGACUUUUACAGCUCAUGGUUAUAAACAUGUUCUCCAUUGACAAUACUGCGCUGAAAGAUGAGUCUCUAGAAGACAGCUGCAGGUCAGUGCUACAGGAACAUGCAGUGGAGAUUGCUCUCGAUAUGUUUGGUCUCUUGGUGAAGAGAAGCUGUGAGCUGCUUUCAGCUCAGAUAGAGGCUCAGAAAAGUUCAAAGUCCAAUGAGCAGCAGAAAGAUGCUAACAGCUUGAUGAGUGAGAAUCCACUAGCACCUAGCAAAUGUGAACAGACGCUGGCAGAUGGCUCCCUUUCGUUAGAUGAAGAUCUUCAUCACAUGCUUCCUGCCUUGAAGAUCUGGGUGGACUGGAUGAUGUGCCAUCCGCAUUUGUGGAAUCCACAGCCUUUCAACAGACCCCCGGAUUUAGGGCCACAAAUUGAUGUCUGGAAAAACCUGGCCACUUUCUGUGAUUUGCUGAAUGAAAUAGAAACCAAACAAGGAUGUUUAAUUCGGGAAUCGCAAGAAGGUUUUGAACCAGUUAUUCUCCAAGAGGACACUACAUUGGCUGGAUUUGUUCCCAUGCUGAGUGCACCACAAGAGAUAUUCUAUGCAGACACUCAGGUUGACAAAGAGCUCGCAGAAGACUGGCUGCGGAUAGAGAAGCUGCGUCUGUUUGGGGAAUACCUCUGUGGUGUAGAACCAGCGAUGCUGGCAUUUAAUGUAGAGAGUGGCAAGUAUUAUGCAGUAGCUCCUUCACCAACAAGAUCUGAAGAGAAGCUAGUGAACAAGGAAGACAACUCUGGAGAAGAGUCUGAUGGUGUUAUCAUCGAGCAUGACGACUCUGGGGAUGAUGCCAAGAAGGAGACCAAUGAAAAAAACAAUAUUGAGCUGUUGAAGGCUAAGAAAGCCGAGCUGAGUCGACAGAGAGAAGAAAGAGAGAAGAAUAAAGAAAAUAUGGAGGCAAUUCUGGACAGCCAUCGUCAUGCCAAGAUAGAGCUGGAAAUCUGUCCCAUCUUCCUCAUCCCCGACACGAACUGCUUCAUUGAUCAUUUCAGUUCUGUACAGAAGAUUCUCCAGUCCAAAAAAUAUACAUUGGUUGUCCCCCUUGUGGUUAUCAAUGAAUUGGAUGGCCUGGCUCGUGGUGCCAGAGACAAGCAGUAUGACAGCCCUGACCACGCCCACAUGGUGAAGACCCAGUCUCAGGCAGCCAUUGAUUUCCUGGAGUCUGAGUUUGAAAAGAAGAACCCAAACCUGAAAGCUCUGACUGCUAAGGGGUCCACAUUGGAAACGAUUGCUUUCAGAAGUGAGGAGCCUAAUAACGCAGGCAUCAAUGAUGACAUUAUUUUGAACUGCUGUCUACAUUACUGUAAAGAUAUGGCCAGAGAAUUUAUGCCCAAAGAUAAAGACCAACCAGUCAGACUGUAUCGAGAAGUUGUGCUGCUAACAGAUGACAGGAACCUGCGCCUCAAAGCUCACACAUGUAAUAUACCUGUUAAAGAUGUCCCCAACUUCAAACGUUGGAGUAAAAUAACCUGAAUUCAUGCCAAGGAACCUUGGCUUGGUUUGAACCUUCACUGACAGCCCUCCCAACAGCUUUUUGUAUUAGAUCAGUCGUUUCCUGUCUCUGGUAAAAUGGAUUGGGGCCUGUGCCACCAGCACCACCAUUCCGUCUUGCAUGCUUGUGUUUAGUUAUCAGUUUUGAGCAAUGGAGUUGUGUCCCUUAUAGCCUCUGCUGUGAAAUGUCUUGUAAUUCUUGGUAAUGCCAAGGUUAUCUGCUUGAAGAGGAGGCUAAAUUUAGUAGCAAGUGUGUCAACUAUUCGCUGGUUUAUAUGAACAGGUCCUAUGAUUGACAUAGGGUCCCCUCUUAAUAUUGCUGAAAGGUCAGCUUAACAGUACUUACUACAAGGCUUUAACUGCCAACCAAGUGACAUUUGUGCAACUUUAAGACAUUUUUUUAUUAUUAUUAGUGUGUUUUAUUAAAUUCUGUUUUUUUUUUUUUUUUUCAACUAAUAAAAAUUUUUAUUUCCAAUACCUAAGAGAUCAUAAAACUAACAUCUGUCGUUCUUUGGUCAAUAAAAAAAUUUUUUUUUUACAGAAAUAUUACCGUUGUAUAGAAAUUUUGAUUUUACGGCUAAAGUGAACUUAUUUUUGAAAAGGAAUAUCCAAUUAUAGAGUGCAAAGUAUUUCACCAUACUUUUUAAAUGUGUAGGACAUUUGUAGGUUGUUAGUGUCUAUCAAAUGCAAAAAUGUUUUUUUUUUUUUAUGCUUCUUGUCUUUUAAUGUUAAUCUCAGAAACAUAUUGUUAUAGGCAAUGUGUCUAGCACAAACCUAACUCUAGAUAUAGAAACAUAGAUUUUGGAUAUGGAACAAACAUAAAAAAAAACAUGUUUUUUUAUCCUCAAAUUGUAUAAUAUUGAACCCCGUUUCACAUGGUGAUGAGACACUCAGACAGUUGUUUGUUCUCUGCGAGCAGAAAGUUCAACUACAUAACAGACUUCUUGUUUCUACUUAAUGUCAAGACUCUCUGGCUUCUUCUUGAUUGUGUGCUGUUUAGUUUUGUUGAGCACAACUUUAGUAGUGAGAACUGGGUAAGUUCUUGAAGACUGGAUGAUUUCUUGAGGACUGGAUGAAUUCUUGAGGAUUGGAUAAGUUCUCGAGGACUUGAUACCUUCUCAUUGUUUUCUAAUGAUGUCAUGAAAUAUGUCUUGAUGAUCAAGUUUUGUUUAGAAUUGUUUCAAUUUUUUUUAGAAUUAAUUUGAAAUGAAUUGUGCCAUAAUGUUUACAGAAUGAAAAUUUAAAAUUCUGGAGUAAUUAAUUUAAAAAAUAAUUUGAAGAGGACAGUUGGGAAAAAUGUCAUUGACGUCUCAUGUGAGUAGCACAACAUCCAACUAACUACCUUUACACCCCCUGCUCAUUUCUGGUUUCAUUAGAGUGCUAGGCACCCAAGAACAUUCUCCUGUUUUAAUUUCUCUUCAGCUCAAGACUAUCCGUUCAGGGGACAAGUGCUUUAAUCACUCAGCCACCACAUCCCGUAUACAUAGUUAACGAAUUUGAUCCGCAAUGUUGAGAUUUUCAAUUUGUUAAUAUGUUGCAUAACAAAUGUGUUUAAUUGUUUAAAAAAAUUAGUAAUAAAUUGUCAACUUUGAAACAUGAAGAUUUAUUGUCGGUUGUAAAACGGUAUCAUUCUGUAUCGUCAUGACUUGUUAAGAGAAAUGUUUUAGUGAGAUUGGUUUGGGGUUAGGGUUAGGUUCAGAAAUGUUGUUGGUCUGUCUCUCUGCAUGUCUUUGACCUGUAUGUCUCAUUUUAAGACAUCAAUUGUUUUUCUAGGAUUUAGAAAAUCUAAGACCUACAUUGCAACAGCAGUCAGUCAUGUUAUACAUUUUGAAUGGAAUUUGCAGAUCUAAUUUUGUUUCCAUUGCCAUUUCCAACUUUUUGUUUAGUUUAACCCAAUACUCUGAGAUGUUUCUUUUUAGGACAAUCAAACAAGAAUUGAUUAAAGUAGAGAUUCUGUGUUUAAUAUUUUAUUGCCGUGUUCUCUUUAUACUAAUCUUUUUUUAUGAGUUCCUUUAGUAAAAAAAAAAAGUUGUCAAAUGUUCAAUUACAUCAACUAUAAGGGUAAACAGGACUGUAAAAGAUGAAUUGACAAUAAUGUUGGAUUAAAGAGGUCAGUUGAGUCAUUUGGAGUACUUGUUCCUGUAUGCUGGAGAACAUUUAUGACUUCAUUCUUUUAACAUUCAGAAAGUUGUGCACAGUUUCUAAAACCUGUUACAGAAAUCACAUUGUAAUUAUUAACUUAUUAACCAAUGCCUUAGCUACAUAAUGACCUUGACCUUUGGGUCUACCCAUCAUGCAGUCCUUAGAGAUCCUUGCAUACUUUGACCUACACCCAUACUAUUGAAAUUGUGUUAUUUAGGAUGAAAAUGUUUUGACUUAAUAAUUAUUCCCAAUCAGUGCCUCAGCAAGUAUAUUGUCAUUGCAAUAAAAAUUGCUAGAUUGAGGCUCUGUUAAGGGAUUGUUGACAUAUGUAUAAAACCCAUGGUUUGAAAAAAGAAAAGUCAUUUUUGCUUCAAUGGAUUGCUUUAGCUUAGCUAAUGUUAUGGUUGGGUUUCAACUUUUGCUGUUAGCUGAAAAAUUGUAAUAUAACUUAUUUGUUGGUUAAUGUCACCACAGUUUUUUUUUUUUAAUUUUCCUUAAGAUCAAUAGACAUGAAAUGAAAAUUUGUCCAAAUAUUUUUCUAUUUAUGAGUGCAACAUGGCUAAUCAAAUUGGUGAUAUUAUCUUUGACUAUGAUUGAAUUUCUGUCAUAAAUUAAGCUAAUCAUUUGAAAUGAAUUUGAAAUUGUAUUGUCAUUUUUUUCCCCCAAAUCUUGUCAUUCAAGUGCAAUUACUGUCAUCUCAGAUGACCUGACAUUUACAUGACAUUUUUAUAUGUUAAUAUUUGUGCUAAGUGCUGUUUGCACUUUUUUGAGUCAUUUUGUGGGUCUCCUGAAUGAAUGCCAGGAAGGGAUUAGUUCUCUGCUCGAUCAUCUUGUGGACGGAAGUGACUUUGUGAUUAUGUUGUAAUAGACUAUUAGUUGGCAAUGUCCAGACUCUAAAGAUGCUGGGACAGUACAACAGAAAUGAUGUGACUGAAUUGAUUGAUGAUGUGACUGAAUUUAUGGAUGAUGUGACUGAAUUUAUGGAUGAUGUGACUGAAUUGAUUGAUGACGUGACUGAAUUGAUUGAUGAUGUGACAGAACUUGUUUUGUCUCUAAAUUUUAUUUUUCUGAAUCUGUUUAAAGUUGUCUUCAUAACUUUUUUGUUUUCGUUUGAUCCAAGCGCAUACAUCACAUGUGCGAAGGUAUGUGCAUACUUUGUGAUGGAAGAUAGUACAAAGGCUAGUAACAAGUGUCAUUUAAAGGGUGAAAAUUAGUGAAAAAUCGAAAUGUUUUUUUACAUUUUUUUUUUGUAAUUAACAUUAGUUAUUUAUCUCUGAUAGAGGAAACUAAUUUUAAAUGUGGAUUGGAUUUGGAAGUACUAGUUACUUAAUUUUAAUGAUUACAUUGAAUGUAGUGUUGAUUUGAUUUUAAACCUUUGUAUUGCAUUCAGUUGUUUAGGAUUAGAAAGCCAAUCCAUGCUAGCUUUUAUUACUUGACAGCAGUGCAAAGGAAAUUCUGUUUUAGAGUUGUCAUUAUGUCAAUGGGAAUCUGCUGGUAUCAUUAGGUCAGUGAGAAUAGACCAGUGAGAUUAGGUCAGUAAACAUUGACUGGUGAUGUGUUUUGGUUUCUGUUUUGUGCAACUUCAAUAAAUGUUUGUUUUAUUCUU